AUGUCUGUCGAUCUUAAAGCUGAGGUGGCGCAAGGUGAACUCAAUGAAUACAACAUCACCCAUGGAAAGGUGUCGAAGAGUGGCAUCGUGCUUCGACCGCAGCCGACAAAUGAUCCAAAUGAGCCACUGAAUUGGGCGCAGGGGCAGAAAUACUCGACAUACGUAGUGUGCUGCUUCUUUACCUUCCUCGCCUUCAUGAACUCGUCUGCAUUCACAGUGGCUAUCCAACCCAUCAUUAAGGAGUUCCACAAGACAUCUACAGAGGCGAGCUAUCUGACCUCCUUGCAGGUCUUGGGAAUGGGGUUCGGCGCGCUUAUUUUGAUGCCUUCAGCUCGACUCUUUGGCAAACGUCCUGUCUACCUUGUGUCGAUCCUCUUCCUCUGCGUCACCAACAUCUGGUCGUACUUCAGCCACAGCUAUAGGUCAUUGUUAGCUUCGCGCAUCAUCGGAGGCUUAAUGACCGCUGCAGCCGAUGCAGUCGUGCCCAGUCUUGUCGCAGAUCUCUUCUACUUCCAUGAGCGCGGACGGGCUUUGAUGAUCUUCCACACGGCUAUUAGUAUCGGUGCAUUUGGAGGACCUUUCAUCAAUGCGUACAUCGCACAAUAUGCGGGAUGGCGCUGGAUGUGUGGUGCCAUGGCUAUCGCCGGAGGGGCGACCUUCCUUAUAGGCUUUGUGACCAUCCGCGAGACUCAUUAUGCGGAAAAUGGUCACCGGGAUCUGCUCAAGCCUGAGGAUGAGUACGCGACAAAGAGGUCGUGGAUCGCGGAGCUGUCCCUUACGAGAGGUUUCAACCGAAAUGAAUCGUUCCUUGGUUGGUUACUCAGGACCGUCAGCCUCAUAUUGUACCCACCUGUAUGGAUAGUCGGGCUCACUGUAGGAUUGUUCAUCGGGUGCAACAUCGCCCUCCAGAUCACUUCGACCCAGACAUUCACCGCCGCUCCCUAUCACUGGAAAGUACAUUCUCUUGGUCUGCUUUCUCUCUCAGGUCUCGUCGGUGCUAUCGUAUCGUUCGUCUUCGGUGGUUGGCUUAUCGAUUUCAUCGCAACCAGACUUACAGCUCGCAAUGCUGAACACGUCGAACCUGAAUAUCGUCUACCUGCGAUGAUCAUACCGGCUGUUAUCGGUCCCAUGGGUGUUCUUACAUUCGGGCUGGUUAUAUCUUAUGGUAAGAGCUGGGCAGGAGCUGCGGUGGGCUACGGUAUGGAAGGCUUUGGUGCCACGGCUGCUUCCAAUAUCGUAGUCACUUAUGCUGUAGAUGCAUACCGACCUGUGCCUCCGCUCUUUAUCGAGGCUUCGCUAUCGAGUUUGCUAUCCUCAUCACAUGCUGUAGCCGCCUGCUACACUUCAGUCAUCAUGUUCCAACUAUCGCCCAUCUUUUAUGCCUCCAUCCUGGGCCUCACCGGGUGCUCAUUGGCUCAGCAAUUCCCUCCGCCUGUAUCCUAUGAUGCCGUCCUCAAGUCACCCAUCGACCCUAACAUCACUAUAUCAUACAAGGUGCCGGAGCCCGGCACCUGCACCACUGCGUUCUCCUCUCAGAAGCAGUAUUCCGGCUAUGUCAACCUGCCGCCCUUUACUUUGGUACCAUACCAGCAAGAAUACCCGAUCAACACAUUCUUCUGGUUCUUCGAAGCCCGCAACAACUCCGAUACGGCGCCCCUCACCAUCUGGCUCAACGGUGGACCCGGUUCCAGUAGCAUGAUUGGCCUCUUUCGUGAGAUGGGCCCUUGCGAGGUCGUGCAACUUGAAGACGGUUCUUACGGCACACAGCCGAAUGUGUGGGGCUGGGAUCGUAGCUCCAACCUGCUCUUCAUCGACCAGCCCACCCAGGUCGGCUUCUCGUACGACCACCCUGUCAACGUGUCUUGGGACUUCAUCAAGGAACAUGUCCUCGAACCUCCGACGUCUCUACCUACGAAUGUACCUUCGUGGUCCUUCAUCAACGGGACUCUUGCCACUGGGAACAGGGCCAACGUUGAGAACUCAACGGUCAUUGCAGCAAGAGCGGCCUGGCACUUUUUGCAAGGCUUCCUCUCAGCUUUUCCUCAGUACAACCCUGGUCAGCGACCCAACCAAACCACCAUCGAGCCGACUGGUGUAAAUCUCUUCGCUGAGAGCUACGGCGGCCAAUAUGGUCCUGUCUUCGCAGACUUCUUUGAAGACCAGAAUGACCGACGUCGAGCUGGCGUGAUUCCUGCCAACAGUACGCUGGAGAUCAAACUCGAUUCGCUCGGCAUCAUCAAUGGUCUCGUGGAUACAAUCGUUCAGACUCCUGCCAUGGCCGCUUUUGUGUACAACAACACGUACGACCUGCAAGGCAUGUCACAGACACAGUACUUAAAUCUCCUCAGCGACUACAGAAAGCCUCGUGGAUGUCUCGAGAUGGCCUCCCAAUGCCAUACACAAGCUACUGCCGUCGAUUACGAGGGCGAAAAUCUUGAUGAGGAGACAACCUCCAUAUGCGAACUGGCCAGCAUUUCAUGUUGGGGUGUCCAGAGCCAGGCUUUGCAGCUUUCUGGACGCAAUCCUUACGACAUCCGGUUCACCUCGCCCAAUUCUUUCCCGAGUUACGCAUACCUCGAGUACCUGAAUCAGGCCAACAUCUUGCGGUCCAUUGGGGCGAAGGUCAACUUCACCGAAUCUACCACCAUGGUUAACGCAGUCUUCCACCAGACUGGUGACGAUGUUCGCGGAACUCAAAUCAAGAAACUGGCCGACCUUCUUGCCCGGGGUAUCCGAGUAGCUUUAAUCUACGGUGACGCGGACAUCAUCUGCAACUGGGUAGGAGGCGAAGCCGUCUCCCUCGCACUCGCCCACGAGUCGCCUUAUAGCUCUACAUUUGCCGCAGCCGGGUAUGCUGACAUCGUCUCUAACGACUCAUAUGUUGGUGGCCACGUCCGCCAAUACGGCAAUUUGUCUUUCUCUCGAAUAUUCGAUGCCGGACACACGACACCUUCGUAUCAAGCAGAAACUUCUUUCGUUGUGUUCUCGCGGAUUAUCCAAGGUGACGAUAUCAGCAUGGGUCGCAAUGUUGACCUCUCCACUUUCGGUACCGAAGGGCCUGACAAGUCUUUACACAAGAACAAGCUUCCUCCGCAGCCACAGAAUACUUGCUGGAUCCGCGCUAUUGCCGAUACAUGCUCCGAAGACGAAAAGGAUCAGAUUUACCAAGGGCUUGGUGUGGUAGAGAACGGAAAAUGGUCUGCGGAGCAGCCUGCGACCAAGCCAAAUAUUGUGCAGCGAUUUGCUCGGCGACACAUUAAGGAGCCCAAACCAACGCCGGCUCGAUAUGACAUCGACAAACCCGAGGAACCGCCAGUAUUGGACCGCCUACUAAAUCGCCGUCUCAGUGCGCCAAUGGAGCCUAUACCCGAAGCACACUCUCCUCGUCCAAGCGGAGAUAUACCGGAGCGUCUCGUGAGUGAGCAUCCGUUUGAGCCGACGCCUGUCAUUCAGCGUAACGCACAUCCAUCCGGCCCUGCCUCUUCUGGUGCCCCUGUACCGGGGCCCCCUAAGACUCAUGAGCCCACUGCUGAGCCAACGACACUGCGGCAACCGUCACCAGAGCCAGGCAAGCCGUGA